AUGCCGCCAGUUUUUCCCAACGGCUGGAUUCCUGUCGUUGAGUCUUCCCAGUUGAAGAAAGGAGAAGUGAAGCCUCUCAGUGUAAUAGGCAAGGAGCUUGUGGCGUUUAGGAACCAAGAAGGAGAGGCACGGAUUUUCGACGCCUACUGCCCGCAUUUGGGCGCUCAUCUCGGAGUCUUGGGCCGCGUAGUAGACAACUGCAUCGAGUGCCCCUUCCACGGGUGGAGGUUCCACGCUGACACUGGAGCGUGCACCUUCGUCCCUUACGCAGCAAAAGCAGCCUUCGGAAACAGCAUGGAGAUGUUGCGUGAGCUGGUACGGUCUGUAGUACGAGAAGAGCUACAGAAACAGCGACUUGGCCAGAGCGCUCCAAUGCUUUCAUCACUGGCCGACGUGAUACGCGAGGAGGUUCGACAGGCGGUCCAGGAGCCUCAGACAAACGCACAUACAGAAGUGCCACUACAGCGUCAGCAGCCCAGUGUGUCCUACGCCGAUGCCUUACUGCGAGGAACUCCCGGGCGUGCAGAUGUCGCAGCCACAACUCCGAUACAGCACCCGAUGUAUCCAAGCACACUGCAGCCACCACCCGAGAGGAGACUCAGAAAGAGUGAUAUCUGGCGCACUCCCGAUAGGAUACCCCUUUGUUACCACUGUGGGGAGGCUGGCCACAUCUACCGCAUGUGCCAGUAUCGCCAGAGCCUUAACAGGCCACCUGUGGAUUCAUGGGCCCUGUGCAAGUGCGACGGUGAAGUCGUUGCCGCGCACUUUCCAACAUUCACGACAGUCAAGACGUGGACGAGCCUAGAAAAGUACGGCCUUAUAUUCGUGUGGUACCACGCUGAAGGCGAGGAACCUGAGUGGAGAAUUGACGAUCACGAGGAGCUGAGCAGCGGGACCUUCAAGCAGAUGACACGCUACGAGACGAAGAGUCAGGGCCACGUGCAGGACAUCUCAGAGAACGUGGCGGACACGGCACACCUGAACUGCGUCCACAAGGCCUCGUGGCUGCUGUCAGCCGAAGAGUACGCGCGUGAGGCGGCCACGACCGCCUCCUGGAAAAGCCGCUUCAUGUCCGUCACGUGGCAGGCGUCGUGGUCACCCGGAUGUUUCAGUGCCUGCGCGCCAUUGACCUUCGAUAUGUCUCUCUUCGGUUGGAAGCCUCGCAUUCUGCAGUGCCGUGGUGUCAUAUCCCAGUGUGGCCCGUAUCUUGCUGUUGUGCACAUAGAAUCGGCGUUCGGCAAUUUCAUAUCAGUAAUGUCCACGACUCCCGAUGGUCCGUUUCCACUGCGCAUCAUUCACCGAACUUUUGCUAGACCAACCCCCAUUUCCUGCGUGGUCUGCAUAGGGAUGGAGUGGGGAUUCGAAAAUAUGCUGGAAAGAGACUUCAUAAUCAUGAGGAGCAAGACUGUUCUCAAGAAUCCGGCUCUCGUCAAGGAAGACAGCGGGAUACCAAUCUUCAGGAGAUGGUACGAGAAGUUUUACACCCGAAAUAGCCCUACAUGGCAAGAUGUCAAAGAACGAACUCUGGAGUGGUGACUACCUGGCCCAUUUGCAUCGGAUUCGAUGGAUUUCUUUGGAUGUUCCUCAGAACAUCGACGAGUGGUGACUAAUUCGUACCGCCUGUCUUUCUGUUGCGGCUGAAUCAUAAAUGAUGACCGAUAUGGGAUAGUAAAAGUUAGUGUCGAUGAGUCU